AUGCUGGCACACACAGCAAGUGACAGUGAGUAUGCUCAGUAUUGCAUAUGGUGCGACUUUGUCUCUGUUUACGCUUGGGAUAUUCUUCCCAUGUGUAAAUUCAAAGGGUGCCGUAGCAUCAGCGGUUACGAGCCUGCUGGUAUCCAUUCCAGUACAUCAAGCCUUUUCAACUAUACUGGGGUAGGAUCUCCCGUGGUCGCGGAUAGUUCUGUGCCACUCUUGUACCAACUGUCUUACAACUAUUACUCUCUCACUGGCGCUCUGACUGGAGUAGUGGCAGGCCUGAUCGUGUCCUUACUCACCGGAACGCCCAACGCCGCAACAAUGAACCCUGACCUCUUCAGCCCCUACGUGCGCAGAUUUCUGCCCAGAGCGAAUCAGCAAAUACAUCUUAACAAAAACGAGUACAUGUUAACGCCUUUAAAGGAUAAAUAUUUAGUGGUGGUAGCCAUGCUACUGCUCUCUGUCCUAGUUGGCGUCUACUACACCUUCUUUAACAAGCAGAAAACCUUCAAGGAUUACAUGCAGGGCGGGAAGACUAUGGGGGUGUUCCCUACAUCCAUGUCCUUUGUCGCCAGUUUAAUUUCAGGAAUCGCUUUGCUGGGUAUUCCUGUAGAGGUUUACUUGCAUGGAACUCAGGUGCUUCUCGGAAACUUGGCCUCUAUAGCAGUGUCCAUAAUAGCUGGUGUUUUCUAUCUGCCCGUUUACUUCGACCUUCAACUGCACUCGAUUUUCCAGGUGGUGUAUAUGCCGGUUGUGUUAUUCGUUCCAGCUCUUGCUUUCAAUCAAGCCUGGACCUACCUAGAUCCUACUGCACGUAACACUGUGUGGACUGUAGUAAUCGGCUACACGUGUAACUACCUGACUGGACUGGUGGCCAACCCCGGGUCCGUCCAGAAGUUCCUGUCCGUCCCCACGUACAGACACACCAAGUGGGUUCUAUUCUACAGCACCAUUGGUUUUGUGGUGAUAAACAGCUUGUGUUAUUGCCUAGGCGUAGUUCUGUAUGCGAGAUACCAUCAGUGUGAUCCUGUCGCAUCUGGAGUCAUCACCAAGGCCAAUCAAAUGGUGCCCCUGUACGUGAUGGAAGUUGGUAGAGACUAUCCUGGACUCGCGGGACUGUUCAUGUCUGGAGUCAUGAGUGCAGCUCUCAGUUCACUAUCGGCAUGGCUUAAUGCUGUGGGAGGAAUAUUGUAUAAAGACUUCAUGGAAGUGUUCUAUCCCAGAGUAAAACACUCUGAAACCAAACAGUCCACCAUUAUCAAGUCAAUUAUCGUCAUCUUAUGCAUAAUUUGCUCAUCGCUGGUCGCUGUAAUUGAGAAACUAGGGACCAUCUAUCAGGGUGCCAUAGCAUCAGCAAUUGCUAGCUUGCUGGUAUCCAGUUGGGUGAUCAUAAACGCUCAAUUAUAUGCUUUGGAUGGAAAACUUCAAUUCCACGGAAAAGUCACUAGUAUAGACAACUGUCCUGCCAGUAUAAGAGAGAAUUUUAAUUCCAGUACUUCAAGCCUCUUCAACUAUACUGGGGUAGGAUCUCCCGUGGUCGCGGAUAGUUCUGUGCCACUCUUGUACCAACUGUCUUACAACUAUUACUCUCUCACUGGCGCUCUGACUGGAGUAGUGGCAGGCUUGAUCGUGUCCUUACUCACCGGAACUCCCAACACCGCAACAAUGAACCCUGACCUCUUCAGCCCCUACUCCUCUCUCGUUUCGCCUGUAUUGUAUUAUAUAUUGUAUAUAGUAUUGGUUUUGGCCGGCAUUUUCUAUCUUCCAGUUUACUUCAACCUCCAGUUGCACUCGGUUUACCAGUAUUUGGAGCUGAGGUUCGAUAGCAGAGUGAGAAUCAUAGGCACAUUGUUGUACACCUGCAAUCUGAUGGUGUUUAUUCCUAUUGUGUUAUUCGUUCCAUCGCUUGCUUUCAAUCAAGUUACAGGAGUAUCAGUUCAUGCCUGUACGUGGAUCAUCAGCAUAUGUUGCCUCUUGUACACCACUUUUGGAGGUCUAAGAGCAGUUAUGUGGACCGACACAAUACAGAACGUGUUCACACUUUUUGGGACAAUUUUCGUCGUUGUGGUUGGGUUCUGGAGACUCGGCGGUCCACGAGAGGUUUUAAGAAUAAAUGAGCAAGGAACAAGACUAGAAAUUUUCAAUCUAAAUCCAGAUCCUACAGCACGUAAUACGUUUUGGACUAUUAUGAUUGGCUACACAUGUAGUUACCUGACUGGUAUCGUAGCCAACCCCGGGUCCGUCCAGAAGUUCCUCUCAGUCCCCACGUACAGACACACCAAGUGGGUUUUAUUCUACAGCGCUAUUGGUUUGCUAUUGAUAAACUGCCUGUGCUAUUCCUUGGGCUUGAUACUCUAUGCGAGAUAUCAUCAGUGUGAUCCUGUCGCCGCUGGAGUAAUCACCAAGGCCAAUCAAAUGGUGCCCCUGUACGUGAUGGAAGUUGGUAGAGACUAUCCUGGUAUCGCGGGACUGUUCAUGUCUGGAGUCAUGAGUGCAGCUCUCAGUACACUGUCAGCCUGGCUUAACACUAUUGGAGGAAUAUUGUAUAAAGAUUUCUUGGAAGUGUUCUAUCCCGGGGUACAACAUUCUGAAGCCAAACAGUCCACUUUUAUAAAAUCAAUUGUUGUCAUUAUAUGCAUAAUAUGCGCAUCUCUGGUUGGUGUAGUUGAAAAAACUAGGGACCGUGUAUCAGUUUACCUGUUACAGGUGGCGGUGAGCCUAAUGGGCAUUGCUCAGGGAGCGACCUUUUCUCUUUUUACUCUUGGCGUAUUCUUCCCACGUGCUAAUUCAAAAGGUGCCAUAGCAUCAGCGGUUGCGAGUCUACUGGUAACCAGUUGGGUGAUCUUAAACGCCCAAUUAUAUGCUUUGGAUGGAAAACUUCGAUUCCCCGGUAAAGUCACCAGUAUAGACAACUGUCCUGCCAGUAUAUGUGAAAAUUUUAAUUCAAGUACAUCAAGCCUCUUCAACUAUACUGGGGUAGGAUCUCCCGUGGUCGCGGAUAGUUCUGUACCGCUCUUGUACCAACUGUCUUACAACUAUUACUCUCUGCUUGGCACUCUGACUGGAGUAGUGGCAGGCCUGAUCGUGUCCUUACUCACCGGAACUCCCAACACCGCAACAAUGAACCCUGACCUCUUCAGCCCCUACGUGCGCAGAUUUCUGCCAAGAGCGAAUCAGCAAUUACAUCUUAACAAAAAUGAAUAUAUUUUGACAUCCACGAAUGACGUAGACAAGACAUUAACAACAUAGUAUAGCUAUGUUAAUUAAGCAUUAAUUCCAAGUAAAAACAUAAACUUAAUAAUCUUUUGAGGGCAAAAAAUCUAUUUCAUUUUCUUACAAUGAACAAAAUAUGAACACAUGCUAUGAUAUUACUUUUAGUUUAGUUUUAGCAUUAAAAAAAUAACUAGAUGAAGGUACAGUACAAG